AUGUUGAAAAGACGAAAAGUCAAAAAGAUGAAAAGAGACGAAAAAUCAGAAAGACGAAAAGUCGAAAAAUCAGAAAGACGAAAAGUUGAUCAGACGAAUAGUCGAAAAGAUGAAUACCCGAAAAACAAAAAGAUGAAAAGACAAAAAGUCGAAAAGACGAAAAGUCGAAAAGACAAAGAUGAAAUGUUGAAAAGACGAAAAGUCAAAAAGAUGAAAAGAGACGAAAAAUCAGAAAGACGAAAAGUCGAAAAAUCAGAAAGACGAAAAGUUGAUCAGACGAAUAGUCGAAAAGAUGAAUACCCGAAAAGUUGGAAAGACAAAAAGUCGAAAAGACAAAAAGUUGAAAAGACGAAAAGUCGAAAAGACAAAAAGUUGAAAAGAUGAAAAGAGACGAAAAAUCAGAAAGAUGAAAAGUCGAAAAGAGGAAAAGACGAAAAGUUGAUCAGACAAAUAGUCGAAAAGUCAAAUAGACGAAAAGUCGAAAAGACGAAAAGUCGAAAAGACAGAAAGUCGAAAAGUCGAAAAGACAAAAAGUCGAGAAGACGAAAAGUCGAAAAGAUGAUAAGUCAAAAAGACAAAAAGUUGGAAAGACGAAAAGUUGAAAAGACAAAAAGAUGAAAAGACAAAAAGUCGAAAAGACGAAAAGUCGAAAAGACGAAAAGUCAAAAAGACAAAAAGACGAAAAGUCAAAAAGAUGAAAAGUCGAAAAGACGAAAAGUCAAAAAGACGAAAAGUUGAAAAGAUGGAAAGUCGAAAAGACGAAAAGUCGAAAUGGCAAAAAGUUAAAAAGACGAAAGUCAAAAAGACGAAAGUUGAAAAGACGAAAAGACAAAAAGAUGGAAAGAUGAAAAGACAAAAACUAAAUAACGUUGUUCUUAUUACUUAUUCACAAAUAAUUUUAGCAAAAUUGCAAUGU